AAACCCAUCACUCUUCUUCGACAAAAUCACUCUCUCAUUGUCCACUCUCACAUUUGCAUUUAAAAAUACACAUUUUAUCAAAUAUGGUAGGCCAAAUGAAAUCAUUUCUCUUCUUAUUUAUUUUUCUUGUUCUAUCCAAAACCGUCGUAUCAGGUCGAAAACCAUCCAAAUCGCAACCAAAACCGUGCAAGAACUUUGUCCUCUACUACCACGACAUAAUGUUCGGCGUGGACGACGUGCAAAACGCGACUUCUGCAGCCAUUACCAGCCCGCCUGGCCUCGGCAAUUUCAAAUUCGGGAAACUCGUGAUCUUCGACGAUCCAAUGACCAUAGACAAAAACUUUAAAUCCGAACCCGUGGCGCGAGCUCAAGGAUUCUAUUUCUACGACAUGAAGAACGAUUACAACGCGUGGUUCGCGUACACGCUCGUCUUCAACUCGACUCAACACAAAGGCACGUUGAACAUUAUGGGAGCAGAUCUUAUGAUGGUGAAGAGUAGAGAUUUGUCUGUGGUCGGAGGUACGGGUGAUUUUUUCAUGUCUCGGGGGAUUGUUACGUUUGAGACUGAUACCUUUGAAGGUGCUAAGUAUUUUAGGGUCAAGAUGGAUAUCAAACUCUAUGACUGUUACUAAGAGAGACCAUUAAAUGGUUCUCGAGAGAGAGAGAGAGAGAGAGUGGCUGACUAGCUACUUUGAAACUUUUGAUCAUCGAAUAAGUUUAAGUUGAGAUUUUUAUGUUUUCAGUUCAAUUUGCGGUUUGAUGUAUUAUAUGUAAAUGAUUUUGUUUUGUCAUGUGUUGUUUGAUAAAAACUUACACCGUGUUUUACAAUA